UCCAAGGCUGCUAGAAAUUCGGGGAGGUCAAGGAUUGUCACCACUCUAUUAUGCUGCUUUGUUUGGACAUGACAAGAUGGCUUCGUAUCUCUACCCUAAACUCAUAGAACUUGUUAAUGAGGAGGAAAGAGCUGGGAUAUUUUUCAGCUGCAUUAACAACGGUUUAUAUGAACUAGCAUUGAAAAUGCUUAAAGAAUAUCCGGCGCUUGCAGUGGUUCGCAACGCGAAUAGUGAGACAGCAUUGCAUUUGUUGGCUCAGAAGCCUUCAGCAUUCUCCAUCAAAACUUCAAGAAUAUUGAAAAACUUCCUUUAUUCUUGUACAAACAAGAGAAACUUGACAACAACUCCCUGCUAUCAAUUAUUGAAAUGUCUUUGGGAAAAGCUUUUAUUGCAAAAUGACUCGACUCUUAUCGACGUUAUAAGAAGGCCUUCAAAUGUACUAUUUAUCGCAACAAAGCUGGGAAACUUUAAGUUCGUGGCUGAGCUUAUUGGCUCUUAUCCUGAUUUGAUAUGGGAAACUGAUGACAGCAAUCAGAGUUUAUUCCACAUCGCAGUCGCAUACCAUCAGGCAAGCAUAUUCAGUCAGGCACAAAAGCUGGGUUUAAAUAAGAAUAUCGUGCUCUCGUUUAUAGAUGAUAAGAACAACAACAUACUGCAUUUAGCUGCGAAGUUAGCUCCACCAAAUCAAUUGAAUACCGGGACAAGAUCUACCAUUCAAAUGAAACGAGACUUAUCAUGGUUUAAGGAAGUGAAAAAGUUCGUUCCACCAUCCUACCAAGAGAUGAAAAACUCAGAAGGCAAAACACCAAAGGAUAUAUUUAUCGAAGAACAUAAAAUGUUUAUCGGGAAAAGGAGUGUGGUUUCCAUCCCAAUGCAUAAAGCAAGUGCAAUGGAGGCUCUAAAUUAAGCUCAACCACCACCGGGCUCCAAUAUUUACAACCCCAAGCUGCAAAAAAAUAUAGACAUGUUUUAC